AUGUCGCAUCUCUCACCUGCAACGAUUUUCUCUCCCACAGUUGCCCGCCAGCAACUCGCAGCUGCAAAGGAUUGGUCUUACAUCGACAAUUGGCUCUCGAUCAAAUUCUCCAACCAGCCCAUCCCAUCCUUCGAACGAAAUUCAUCUACACUCAAAGCCCUCCUCGCUCUCGCUGCCCUUAAUGAGACCACAGAUGAAGAACAGGAACUGUUAGCUCGAUCCCGAGAAAACGCUCUCGCCGCCAUCCAAACCUCUCUCGAAAACGACUCUAAUACCGAACUCCUACAUACUCUCGAAGACUCCCUCACCUCCGAAGGUCAAAUGUCUCUCGAAAGUCUGGCAUCCUUAUCUACGACCCUCAACCUACCUACCCCCUCCCCCGAACACAUUGGCCGCAAACUCCUCUCGCUACAAACAACAUCCUACAACCUCUCACAAGCCAGCUCCCGUGUAGCUACCCUCCAACGCUCUCUCAUCGUUGAGCUCACCCAAUUAAGCACUCUAAUCGCUUCCCUCCAAAGCUCCUCCUACCAAGCCCCCACCGACCUCCCCAAACAAACUGUCGACCUCCAGCGCAAAAUUAAAAUACUCACCAGCAAACUCCCAGAAAUUCGUGAGCGUAUAGCCGCUCUAUCUUCUGCGCCCAAUACAUCUACACCUAAAAUAACAGUUGAGACGAUCAAAGCGGAAGAAGAGAAAUUUAAGGAAUGGUUAGAGACAGUGAAGGAUUUGGAGACACAAGUCAAGGCAUUCCAUGGAUUACCACAAGAUACUGAUUUGGCGAGACUGGAACUGGAGAGUUUGAGAAUGGAGUUAAGGGAUCUUACGAGGGAAAGAGAUGGGCUAUUUGAGGGGCUGGUGGAGAGAGAGAGUCCGAAGAAGAGAGGGAGAUAA